AUGUCUUCUGAUAUUGAGAAAAAUGUAUGUGGUAAUAAACUCCAGUGUUCUGAUUUUGCACUGCAAGUUGACGAGUCAACCGACAUUACCAACAAGGCGCAACUCAUAGCAUUUAUUCGUUUCAUUAACGAAAAUCAAAUAACAAAUCAGUUUCUUUUUUGCAAAGAAUUAAGUCUGACUACAAAAGGUGAGGACGUUUUUAACAUCCUGAAUAACUACCUUGAUAAAUGGCAGUUAUCGUGGAAAUCGUGUGUAGGCAUUUGCACAGAUGGAGCUCCUACUAUGAUAGGCUGCAACAAGGGUCUUGUAUCUUUUAUAAAGGAACAACACGAGAAUGUUAUUGUAACUCAUUGCUUCCUUCAUAGAGAGGCCUUGAUGUCAAGAACAUUAGGAGAGGAUUUGGGAGAGGUCUUAGAUCAAGUUGUUCAAAUGGUGAACUUUAUUAAAACAAGACCAGUUAAAUCACGCCUAUUUGAACAGAUUUGCACCAAUAUGGAGUCUCAACACAGACGGUUCAUCGGUGUGUAA